AUGGUAGCGAUACCAUUGAUAAUGAGGAUAUUGAUUCCAGACUCCAUCAUAUCUCGUGGCGUUCAGGUGCUCCCACGAGACACUGCUUCCCUCAGCACUACUCCUUCAGAAUCGCCUCGUGCUCAGGCUACAUCUCGCCUUUCUACAGCUUCCUGCCCAACACCAAAACAAAUUAGACGGCCGGAUGAAAGCAAAGGAGUUGCUAGUAGAGUUGGAUCCCUCAAAGUCCAGUCCAGGUGCAGCAGCAAGGAGAACAUUCUCAGAGCCAGUCACAGUGCUGUUGACAUCACCAAGGUGGCUAGAAGACACCGCAUGUCUCCUUUUCCUCUAACGUCUAUGGACAAAGCCUUCAUCACAGUCCUGGAGAUGACUCCGGUGCUUGGGACAGAAAUCAUCAACUACCGAGAUGGAAUGGGGCGAGUGCUUGCUCAAGAUGUAUAUGCAAAAGACAACCUACCCCCUUUUCCAGCAUCAGUAAAAGAUGGCUAUGCUGUUCGAGCUGCUGAUGGCCCAGGAGAUCGUUUCAUCAUUGGGGAAUCCCAAGCUGGUGAGCAGCCGACUCAGACAGUAAUGCCAGGACAAGUCAUGCGGGUUACAACAGGUGCUCCAAUCCCCUGCGGUGCUGAUGCAGUAGUACAAGUAGAAGAUACUGAACUAAUCAGGGAAUCCGAUGAUGGCACCGAGGAACUUGAAGUACGAAUUCUGGUGCAGGCUCGACCAGGCCAAGAUAUCAGACCCAUUGGCCAUGACAUUAAAAGAGGGGAGUGCGUUUUGGCCAAAGGAACCCAUAUGGGCCCCUCAGAGAUUGGUCUUCUGGCAACUGUAGGUGUCACAGAGGUUGAAGUUAAUAAGUUUCCAGUUGUUGCAGUCAUGUCAACAGGGAAUGAGCUGCUAAAUCCCGAAGAUGACCUUUUACCAGGAAAGAUUCGAGACAGCAAUCGUUCAACCCUCUUAGCAACAAUUCAGGAACAUGGUUACCCCACAAUCAACUUGGGAAUUGUGGGAGACAACCCAGAUGACUUACUCAAUGCCUUGAAUGAGGGUAUCAGUCGUGCUGAUGUCAUCAUCACAUCAGGGGGUGUAUCCAUGGGGGAAAAGGACUAUCUCAAGCAGGUGCUGGACAUUGAUCUUCAUGCUCAGAUCCAUUUUGGCAGGGUUUUUAUGAAACCAGGCCUGCCAACAACAUUUGCAACUUUGGAUAUUGAUGGUGUAAGAAAAAUAAUCUUUGCACUACCAGGGAAUCCCGUGUCAGCCGUGGUCACCUGCAAUCUCUUUGUGGUGCCUGCACUGAGAAAGAUGCAGGGCAUCUUGGAUCCUCGGCCCACCAUCAUCAAAGCCAGGUUAUCAUGUGAUGUAAAACUGGACCCUCGCCCGGAAUACCAUCGGUGUAUACUGACUUGGCAUCACCAAGAACCACUGCCUUGGGCACAGAGUACAGGUAAUCAGAUGAGCAGCCGUCUGAUGAGCAUGCGCAGUGCCAACGGGUUGUUGAUGCUACCUCCAAAGACAGAGCAGUAUGUGGAGCUCCACAAGGGCGAGGUGGUGGAUGUCAUGGUCAUUGGACGGCUAUGAUGGUCACCAGAGCAAGAAAGCUUUGAUGCAUGUCCACAUAUCAUUGACUGUAUCCUGUAAUAUGCAACGGCACAGCUAGUUUUUCUGAUUUGGAUAAAAGUUGAUCUGUAUAGUCAACAUCUUGAACUAUAUUUCAGAAGAAUUUAAAUACCUUUUAAAGAAAAAAACACCUAAAAAUAAAUCUUAACAGACAACUCUAUUCUGAUUAUAUCAAAGCAAAUUUUUCCUUUCCUGCAAAUUGCUUUGUGUGUUCAAUGCUAGGUCUGAUAGCGAUAACUUUUAGUAGACAGCAGUAGGUGCCUGCAGAACUUGUGUUUUUCUCAUCUUUAAAAUACAACUAAUUAUGCUCUUAAUCAAGGCUGUCUGCUUAUUUAUACUAGCGUAGGCAACACUUGGAUUUCCCUUCUUAGUAUGCUUCAUAACGCUUUUCAGAGAGCUUUUGCUUGUUCUUUAUCAUGUAUCUCGUGUUUAUGUGCACAGUGCCAACAGAAGAGUGACUGGGUGGAGGCCCUGCCCUGCCUCAGGGAGAGCCCUCCCCUGCAGAGCAUGGGGAGGUGCCUCCCCCCAGUAGCCUCAAGGCACAGUACUCUUGGGCAGUAACUGGAUACCUUUUAUUUGAGUAAACAAACUGGGGGGGAAAAUUGCUUCCUUAAGUGCUGACAGCCUUUUUAACCAAUACAUUUAAAAUUGUACAGAACAAAAAAUAAAAUCAAAGACUGAUCUUGUACAGAUAUUAGUGUUACCAGCAUUCAUGUGGAAAUCAAGAGCAAAGAAAAAAUAAUGUUAAACAACUCUGUACCAUAACAUUUUCUGUAAUGAUACUGAAACUUAAUGAAUAAAAAAAAAAUCCUUGAUCAUUAUUUAAAAA